GGGACCAGGCUGGGUGCUGCGGCCGCCGCGCCAGGGUGACCGGUGGCGCCGUAGCCGAGGUGGCGGCGCGGGGCGGGGCACGCGGAAAGAGGAGGAAAGAGGUGGUGGUGCAGGAUGGCGGCGACGUGCAGGAUGGCGGCGACAACCUACGAGCGGCUGAAUCUGCACAUCACGCCCGAGAAAUUCUACGUGGAGGCCUGCGACGACGGGGCGGACGACGUGCUCAUCAUCGACCGCGUGUCCACGGAGGUCACCCUUGCAGUCAAGAAAGACAUUCCUCCUUCAGCUGUCACGAGACCGAUAUUUGGCAUACUGGGCACGAUCCACCUGGUGGCAGGAAAUUAUCUGAUUGUCAUUACCAAAAAGAUAAAAAUAGGUGACUUUUUCAAUCAUGUAAUCUGGAAAGCAACAGAUUUUGAUAUUCUUUCUUAUAAGAAGACAAUGUUGCACUUAACUGAUAUUCAGUUACAAGAUAAUAAGACCUUCCUAGCAAUGAUAAACCACGUCUUGAAUGUGGAUGGGUUUUACUUCUCCACCACGUACGAUCUGACCCACACUUUGCAGCGGCUGUCAAACACUAGUCCGGAAUUUCAGGAAAUGAGUCUCUUGGAAAGGGCGGAUCAGCGGUUUGUGUGGAAUGGCCAUCUUCUGAGAGAACUUUCUGCGCAGCCAGAGGUCCACCGGUUUGCCCUUCCAGUGCUGCAUGGCUUUAUUACUAUGCACUCGUGUUCUAUUAACGGCAAAUGCUUCGACUGGAUUCUCAUCUCGAGGAGGAGCUGUUUCAGAGCUGGCGUGCGCUACUAUGUCCGAGGGAUUGAUUCUGAGGGCCACGCAGCUAACUUUGUGGAAACAGAACAGAUCGUGCACUAUGGUGGAAGCAAAGCCUCGUUUGUCCAGACGCGGGGAUCGAUACCAGUUUUCUGGUCCCAGAGACCCAACCUCAAGUACAAACCGCGGCCACAGAUCAACAAAGUAGCAAAUCAUAUGGAUGGUUUCCAGAGGCAUUUUGACUCUCAGUUAAUUAUUUAUGGAAAACAAGUCAUAGUCAACCUGGUGAACCAGAAGGGGUCAGAGAAGCCGCUUGAACAAGCGUUCGCAACCAUGGUGUCUUCCUUGGGAAAUGGAAUGAUCAGGUACAUCGCCUUUGACUUCCACAAGGAAUGUAAGAACAUGCGGUGGGACCGGCUGAGCCUUCUGCUGGAGCAGGUAGCAGACAUGCAGGACGAGCUGAGUUAUUUUCUAGUGGACUCGACCGGCAAGGUGGUGGCGACCCAGGAGGGCGUGUUCCGCAGCAACUGCAUGGACUGCCUGGACCGGACCAACGUGAUCCAGAGCCUGCUGGCGCGGCGCUCGCUGCAGGCCCAGCUGCAGAGGCUGGGCGUUCUGCACGUGGGACAGAAGCUUGAAGAACAAGAUGAAUUUGAGAAGAUUUACAAAAAUGCCUGGGCCGACAACGCGAACGCUUGUGCCAAGCAGUAUGCGGGGACCGGCGCCCUGAAGACCGACUUUACCAGAACCGGGAAGAGAACGCAGCUGGGACUUCUGAAGGACGGCUGGAACUCGCUGCUCCGGUAUUACAAGAACAACUUUUCUGACGGCUUCCGGCAGGACUCCAUAGACCUGUUCCUUGGGAACUAUUCGGUGGAUGAGUUAGACUCUCACAGUCCCUUAAGUGUUCCGAGGGACUUGAAGUUCCUGGCUCUGCCCAUCAUCAUGGUGGUGGCCUUUUCCAUGUGCAUUAUCUGUCUGCUGAUGGCCGGUGACACCUGGACAGAAACGCUGGCCUACGUGCUCUUCUGGGGAGUUGCGAGCUUCGGCACCUUCUUCAUCAUCCUGUACAACGGCAAAGAUUUCGUUGACGCCCCCCGGCUGGUCCAGAAGGAAAAGAUAGACUGAGUCUGUGUCUGUGGAAAGCGGCUCGGCUCAGAAGACUCCGCCGUGCAGAGCUGGAGUCUUUACUGACCCGCUUUCCACAGCAGCUGGGGCCGCGCACGGCUGUGGCCCGGAGCACGCCGGGCUCCGCGUGGGUGGCAGCGUCGCAUCUGUCCGUCCGGCGUCACUGUCUCGACGACCUCCUCCUCACCGUCGGGACCGCCACGCCGAGAGCUUCAGCUGUUCCGCGGUGCAGGCGCGACCUGAGUUCAGCUCACGGGACGGAAGGAACCUGCUCAUCGUCCGUUUAAUCAACUCUUGCAGAAUUAGUGAUAUUUAAAAAUCCAGCUUCUUUCAUGACUUAAAACAGUGAAAUUAUUUUUCUAGCUCGGUUUCACCUUCGCCGUCACGGAAGCAGUGGCCGUCGGCGAGCAUACUUCUCCGCACCUCUCUGGGCUUCCCUUAGGAGUGUGAUAAGAAGCUAACUCCGCCGUUUGUAAGAUGUGAGUCUUUACAUUCACCGAGGAGUUGGACAAAGCAGGCUGGGGCUUUGUGGCGGGCGGGGCGGGGCGGGGGCCGUGUUCUUGGGAGUUUCAGUCGGGCUGCCUUCGGGGGGCGGCCCAGUGUGAGUGUGAUGAAGAAGGUCAGGUAUUCUCUAUCUUUCCUAAAGGGGUAAAUGAAAUCAAAGAAUGUAAAGUCUCUCUCUCACGCUAACAGUCCAACGCCGGCUCUCUGUAAGGACCGCCCCGGCGUGGGAAGCACCCUCGGUUGGCCCGCCACUUCCUCCCGGGCACUCUGGUUUCCCUGGGGCCCUCCGUGGGGACGCAGGGGACGCAGGGCCCCCGAGGGGCUGCUGUGCCGGGGCGGCGGUGACGCCGAGGGAACCCAGUGCGUUCGGGUGGGGCGUGGCUCUCCAAUCAGGGACCAGCGUCAGCGUUAAUGUACGUGAACCAACCAACCUGGAAACACGCUUCAGCCGCCGUGCGUAGGCCUGAGCCGGGCUGUACCUUCAAACUGUAAUUAUGAGGUUUAACUAGUAGAAGAGUCCGUGAGGUGGUGUAACUGCCACUGUUUUAAAACAGUUCGGUUAAGUGCUGCUACAGUGUUUGUGUUGUGCUUGGGAAUAUGUACAGUUUUCAAUAGCAGUCUUCUUUUCCUUAAACAUCUUUAAAAGCACCCUUAUUUCAACAUUACCUUUUUUUCCCCAUCAUUAUCUUUUGUAAACAUUAAUAAGAACUGUUGCUUUUAGAAACUCUAAAGGCAGUAAUAGCUGGAAAACCUUCUGUAGCUUAAAUCAGUCAUUAAAACUCGCACUAGGGUAAGUAAUUAGAACUACCUGUCCCUAACGUGUAAAUAAGCAGAAUUUGUCCCAAAGACGAAAUGCCGAAACUCGGCCCCUGCCCGCUGCCGCGUGUCUCUCUGACGCCGCCGGGCCGUUGGCGUCGAGGACCUCCCUUCACGUCGAGGACCUCCCUUCACGACGACGGAACCCGAGCCGCCGGCUCUGCCGCAGGGGGGUGGGGGGGGAGCCGAUGCCGGCGUGGUGGGUCGCACCCUGCCGUGCUCUGUUCUGAACUCACGUACUGUAUAUCCGUAAGUGGAAAUAAAAUGUCAUAUUUUCUAACCA